AUGGAUUCCAUAAUACCCAAUACCACUUUUCCACUCUUAGACACUGCUUAUCGAAACAUCGCAGAUUCACAUGUUUCUAGAGGAGAGUUGGACGGGAAUCGAUCCGGAAAUGAUUCAGAAACGUACUUGAAGUCAAUCAAGAAAACUUUCUCAUCUGGAGAAUGGAAUUUCGAUCGUUCCGCUAUUCAUGAAUCUUAUGCCCAAUUCGUUGCUGCUUUCACAGGGCACGAUGAGGUUGCUUUCUACGCUUCCUCUGAUAUAUCCUCAAACUCUCCAACUACAGAUAAUUCGCAAGAAUGUGGCAUCAUCCACGGUCGCUUGACAGAAGAGUCUCAAAGUGAGCAAAAUAGCCGCCCAUUGAUUUCGUGGGAAUUCAUUCAAGAUAUUCCCCAAUCGAUGAAAUCUCUCGAUUUUGCUUUAUAUAUUACUAAGUCUCGUAAUGUGACAUUACCAUCCGAUAUAACACCUUUCACAAUCGUCAUCACUGUGGAGAAUUCAACCAUCGUUGAAUCUACUCUAUCAUAUGAUCCAUCUUUACUACCUGCUUCAGAUGCUCCACAUAUAUUCGACGCAGUCGUUUCCUAUUUACGACGUUCCCCAUCAAGUGAUGCGGAAGCCGUAGCAAACGAAUCGAUUCUAAACUUCCCACCACUAAUCAGGCCGCCCUCUUUCGUUGAAGAUGAAAGAGUGUCGAAUCUUCAAAGCGAGAAAGUUUUGUUGCAUUCGGCUUUUGAGCGACGCGUCACUCAAUAUCCAAACCGAGUUGCGUUGGAUUUCCUGCAAUCUCAAGGUUCAGAAUCGAAAUCCCUCGUGCGAAGAACUUUCACAUACUCAGAACUGAAUGAGAUCACGACGAGUCUGGCUGAGUAUAUACUAGUAUCCCGAGGCAAACAAGAGAGUGGUAGCUCUAAGUUUGUACCUGUCUUGCUUUCGACUUCCGCCGAACUUUAUAUUGCCUAUCUGGCGAUUUUGAAAGCAGGUUUGGCAUUUUGCCCACUUCCUAUUGAGGCACCUCCUCAGAGGCUGAAGGAUAUUCAUGAAGACUUGAUGCCUCAAAUUGUUUUGGGCUCAGAACAAUAUCGUCACAAGCUUUCUGCCAUUUCAUCAGAAUCUAUGAAGUGGAUCGAUAUUGAGUCUUUCAUUCACAUGAGAACCCGUGACGGCAUCACCACCCAAAAUCCUCCAUCAUUACGUACGGUGGCAAGCCCCGAGGAGAACGAUGUCGCAUAUAUCAUGUAUACUUCUGGUUCAACGGGCAAGCCAAAGGGUGUACAGAUAACUCAUCUCGCAGCAGCUUGCUCCAUUGCAUCGCAUGCUAUCACUUCAAAAUUGCCACCAUCAUCGGAAGGAAUACCAAGAUGGUUUCAAUUUGCGGCUCCAACUUUCGACCCUUCACUAAUGGAAAUCUUUGUGACAUUAUCGACAGGAGCCACACUUUGCUCUGCUUCACGUGACCUUACUCUGACAGAUUUCGAGGCGGUUGUAUCUGAACUACAGGCAACGGUCAUGAUGGCGACACCCAGUAUGGCAGCUCUCCUCCGUCGUUCUAAACUUAUCUCGCUCAAAAGUUUGUGGACCAUGGGUGAGACUGUUCUGCGAAAAAAUAUCGAAGACUUUGCACGUUUGCCUAGCCCAGAUCAGUCUUCUGAACUUUGCAAUGCAUAUGGUCCUACAGAAGCAGCUAUUAACUGCACAUUAAUUCCUAAUUUCCAUCCUGAUGACAGAGGCUCAAUCAUCGGACCAGCUUUGCCAACAUGUUCGCUACUUGUCGUGGAUACAAGCUCAGGAUCUGUCAAACCUGUUCCCAGAGGAUUCGCUGGUGAGCUUGCUAUUGGAGGACCUCAAGUCAGCAUUGGCUAUUUGAAUCGACCUGAGCAAAAUGUUAAAGCCUUUGUCGUCAGUCCUAAAUUCGGAACACUGUAUCUCACUGGAGACAAGGCUCGGAUUGUUACUGAUCGUAGGGGUCAACAUGUUGUGGAGUUCCUUGGUCGUAUGGACACUUCUCAGGUCAAGCUCAGCGGCAGAAGAGUUAAUCUCGGCGAGAUCGAUACAGUCGUGGCGAGUUGCGCAGGAAUAAAAGAGGCGGUAACAGUCUCUUAUAAGCGAUUCGCUAAUCAGGCUGGAAGCGAGGAAGCCGUUUGUUUCAUCAUUCUCGAUGCGGAUAACACCAAGGAAGACGUGAAAGCUAGGUGUCGUGAGAAUGCAGCCAGACUUCUUCCAUCAUAUAUGUGUCCCUCAAAGUAUUUUGUCUUAUCUCAGAUGCCGAGAUCUUUGGCUGGCAAGAUUGACAGAAAAUCUCUUUCGGUCAUGACAGAGAAACUUUGGAACGAGGAAUGCUCAAAGCCCACCAACUCGCUUCAGAAUGGUGAAGAUGCCAGCUCGAAAAGUACUGGAGUGCAAGAUGAAAUCGAAAGACUGAUUUGCAACCUACUGUCGGAGCUGGUGGGAUUCACUGCGAACUUGAAUUCGAACACCAACUUGUUCUCUCUUGGUAUUGACAGUUUGAAAGCUAUUCGAUUUUUGCAAUUAGCUAGAGAUGCAGGCAUCACCGAGCUCAGUAUUGCCGAUGUACUUGGAGGUGCAACUCCCCUAAAGUUGAGAAACACCAUAACGGAGCGCCGCAAGAAUGAUACUGGGGAGGCGCCUACUCAUGAUUUUGCAGGCGCUUCUAUAUCGUUCGAUGAAUUUGAGGCGAAGCAUCGACCUAUUUGCAGUGAGAGUCUUGGUAUCUCGCCGGAAGAUAUCGCCAAGAUCUUACCCACUACUGCUACACAGUCCGGAAUGCUGGCAAGUUCCUUGAGGAGUUCAAAGGAUAACAAGCAUUAUAUACACAACUCUGUCCAUCACAUCAACUCAUCAGUUGAUAUCUCCAGACUCAAGGAUUCCUGGAUAACCACUGUCCAACUCCAUGAAUCAUACAGGAUGGUUUUUGUAGCCAUCGAUGAUACGUUAUCGCCAUUUGGACAAUGUGUUCUGAAAGAGUCAUCCAACUUGAGUGUACCAAACUGGAAGGUAGUAACUUGCGAAUCUGACUACCCCCAGAUUAUAGAUCAGUGCAUACAAUCAACACUACGUGAAGCCGAGAACGAAAUAGUCUUGGAUAGACCACCUUAUCAAAUGACUCUUAUCCAAUCACCUACUAAAACAUUCUUCACUUUCAGCGUGUUCCACGGCAUAUUUGACGGUGCUUCUCUACAGCUUUUGUUUGAUGAAGUCGACCUCGUAUAUCGUGGAUCGGAUAUUCCGAGAAGAACUGAGAUUUCUACCGCGGUGAAUAUGCACUAUGGCUCAGAUCCUACCCAAACAAUCGAAUUCUGGUCCUCUCAGUUGAAAGACUGUGACCCGGUUCCUUUCCCGCCACUCACUGGCUUGAAACCAGAAACGAUAACAAAGCUGCCAUUGACCACUUCAAUGAAAGCGUCAAUUGGUAUAGACGGCCUGCGUGAUGGUGCCAUGUAUUGCUCUACCUCACCUUUGAGUAUUCUUCAGGCGGCUUGGGCAUUGAUUCUUGCCACUUACAAGGAUUCCAUACACAGCUCAACUUUUGGUAGUGUCAUAUCUGGUCGAUUGGAUGAAGAUUCGAAAGUUUGCAUGGGUCCUACAUUCACUACUGUCCCAAUCAAUAUUCCCGCUCAAUUGCUCGAGGCAAAAACAACUAGCGUCUCUUCGAUAUUGCACGCGAUAGCCAAGAUUAAUGCAGAAUCUCUCGGUCAUCUCCAGAUACCAUUGAACUCUAUCGUCGCCCCAAAUGGAGGCUUGUACUACGAUACUCUUCUUGCAUUCCAGGACUUUUCUACUGGCACGAACCAUUCUGAAUUGUGGUCAAAAGUUGACUACCCUGCAAUGGCCAAUGAUUUUGCUGUCAUGAUUGAGAUCUGGCCUGAGGUAGACGGAUCGCUUCGUCUCAGAGCAACGUAUACAGAUGAGUUCUUGAAUGAUGAAUCUGCUACCCUGAUGUUGCAGCAAUUCAGUGAUCUGAUCAGUUUUGUCAUCCGCAAUCCUGAAAACUCUUAUAUGGAUGGUCGAUACGCUACUGCUCCAUCAAUAUACCCUCAAGUCAUGUCAACCGAAUUGACUGGGGCCGGUGCUCUUUUGCAUACCGAAUUUGAGCGGAACACAAAGAUGAAUCCUGAGGAUAUCGCACUUAUCUUCAUGAAUGACUUCACGGCUCAAGAUCCAGCAGGAAACGUGAAAUGGACAUAUGCUGAACUUGACCGCAAAGCCAACAGACUUGCAUCUUAUCUCGUUCAAAGAUACGGUCCUUUGGAGGACAAGGUUGUUCCCUUUUCCAUGUACAAAUCGCCAGAGCUCUACGUGGCUAUUCUUGGUAUUCUGAAAGCUGGUGGCGCCUGGUGUCCAAUUGAUCCCACGUUCCCCGCAUCUCGCAGACACGACUUGAUUGUUAGAACAGAUGCCAACAUGCUUUUGGUGGCAAACGAUACUGUGAGUCAAGAUGCUCAAGCCAUUCCACAAGGUGUUGUCUUGAUCGAUAUUUCAGAGAACAAUGCCACAAAUUCUACCUUUAGCUAUGAUGAAACCGAACCGUCAAGCUUGCCCAUCAUCAGAAGUAACUCGAUGGCAUACUUGAUCUGGACCAGUGGAACAACAGGUCUGCCUAAAGGUGUACAAGUGCAGCAUAGCGCCGCAGCCACAGCUAUGCAAUCUUUGAAAGAAAGCAUACCUGUAAGCCGCUCUGGCGCAGUUCGCUGUCUCCAAUUCUCACAACCAACAUUCGACGUCUUUGUGCAAGAUCUCUUCUACACCUGGGGUUUGCGUGGAACUGUCAUCGCUGCACCCAAAGAUGUAAUGCUUGGCUCUUUCCCGGAUCUCGCUAACGCAACCAAUGCGACACAUGCCCAUCUCACUCCUGCUUUUGCAACAAUCGUAUCUCGCGCGCAUUGUAAGACCCUCGAGGUCGUGACAAUGAUUGGAGAAGCCUUGCCUCAACCUGUCGCAGACGAUUGGUCACAGAAUAUGCUCGCGUAUAACACUUACGGUCCUGCUGAAGUGAGUGUUGUAUCUACAGUCAAACAAUUCGGCGGUUUCGAAAAUCCAUUUAAGAGCACAAAUGUCGGAUUACCAUUACCCUCUGUGGGCGUCUUUGUGCUCAACAACGAGCGAGUCGUGAUGAGACAUGGUGUGGGUGAACUGGCUCUGUCGGGUCCACAGGUAGCUCGAGGCUAUUGGAAAGAUCCAGCCAAGACGGAAGAGAAGUUCCAUUGGAAUGAGAGUUGUGGAGCUCAGAUAUACAUGACCGGAGACAUCGUCCGUCAACUUCACGAUGGUAGUCUAGAGUUCGUGGGACGACGUGAUGACUUGGUGAAGAUCAACGGAAUGCGAGUAGAGUUGAGCGAGAUCAGUUUUGCGCUCAGCCAUUGCCAUCCCGAUAUGGAACAAGCGGUUACCAUGCUCAUGGCCCGACCAGAUCGUCCGACAAAGGUCUUGGUGACCUUCUUGUCAGUCCCAAGUAUUCCUGCCCAAGAUUCACUCAUUAACAAUGAUCGCGCAGUCGAGGUUGCCAAAGCCGCCAUGGCUGCAUCGAAAGCAAAUCUCCCAGAGCAUAUGAUUCCUAGCGUUUUCGUAGUGCUAAAUCGCAUCCCAGUAACUGCAUCUGCCAAGAUCGACCGUAAAGCACUAUCUGGUGCUUACGAAGCUUUAGACCUCGAGGCAUGGGAAAGUAACUUCACAUCCACUCAGGACUCAGCUUGGACAGAAAAGGAAGAACGACUCCUAGAGCAUUUUGCCACAUUUCUAGGAACGGAGAGCAAGACUUUCCGAUCAAACAGUCGACUUGUAACCUUAGGUUUUGAUUCAAUCGCUGCAGUACGUUUCACAGCAAGAUUGAAAACUGCCGGUUACAAGGUUUCAGCUGCGCACAUGCUGCACUGUCAAACCAUCGCGGAUCUCUGCAACCUCUUCAACAAGCCUGCUUCUAACUCUACUUGUCUUGAUUCCUCCUCUAGACUACUCGAGGUGUUCCACCGCGAAUGGUUCCCCAAGGUUGCAGAAACAUCUUUAAUUGGCGAUAAAGCAUUUUCCGUCUGUCCGACCUUGCCACUACAGGAAAAUCUUCUCAGUGAAACUUUCCGUAACUACGAGUACUAUUGGAGUAACCACUUCUUUAAUCUCUCUGACAACAUCGAUCUCGAGCUUUUGAAAGCUGCUUGGUUUAAGGUGGCUCAGAAUAACGAAGCUCUUCGUAUUGGAUUCUUGCCAACGGCUUCGGUGUCUGCAAAGGCAAAUUCUGGUUUUGGUGCAUCGACGUUCCUUCAAUUGAUUUACCAGAAGCCAUUGGUAGACUGGACUGUUGUGAAAGUUACAAACGAGGAUUUCUCAAUAAGUGCAAAAACUCAUGCACAACAAAUCGCUCGCAAGCAUCAGACUAGUGCAUUCAUCAACUCCCCAUGGGCCGUCGUCGUAUUUGAACGCGAUGAUGUUAGAACAAUGAUGCUUUCAAUUCACCACACUAUUCACGAUGGACCUUCCUUGAAGUUCAUCAUCGAUGAUCUUCACGCUGCAUACACCUCUCAGGAAAACCUCCUCAGCUCACGUCACCAAAUCCGAGAAGCCAUCGCAGUUUCCUUCAUGCAAAGAACCAGUCCACAAGAAGACAUGGCCUUCUGGAGAAAUAUGCUCAAAGACUUUAUUAGCGAAGCAGACGAAAGCGUAGAAAAACUGGCCCCAGAAAAUAAAUCUCGAACCUAUAAUACGGUAUCCAUUCCUCUUUCUGUUCCAAUCUCCAAAUUGCAAACUACAGCUCAAGAAUUCCACUGCUCGUCUGCAAAUUCCAUCCUUCGCGCCGCCUGGGCAUGCAUGGUAUCCGAUUUCCUCGAAACGGACCAGAAAAUUGUAAUUGGUGAAGUGUUAUCCGAACGUCUGGCUUCUUCUUCACUAGAAGAUAUCAUCGGUCCUCUUCAACACGAUUCCAUGAAUGUUGCCGCCUACAACCACCGCGAUGCCAAUCCAGGUAUGCUUCGCAAGCUCAUCGGACGACCCAAAUCCCAGCCGCUAUAUCCCGCCGUCUUUGUGUUCCAUCCACGCAAUACCGAAAGUGAACAUAAACACCAGCUCUGGAAUGAAAUCGAAGAUUUCCUAGGUUUGAACGUCGAACAUGAUCUCACACUCAAUGUAGAGGAAAAUGCAAACGGUGGCUUCGAUCUCGUUGUCUCGGUCGAAGCAGGUGUAUUGGAUAUCCCUGGCGUGGAAGUUCUGACCAAGCAAUUGGAUGCUUUGAUCACAGCCAUGAUUUCCCAUCCCGAUACUUCUAUCCAAGAACUCACCAACUUUUUCCCCACCGAGUUAAUCGCUGUCUCCAAAUACCGCGAAAUGAAGCUCCAUCCCGUCGUCGACCUGAAUAAUCCCCUCUGCUGGUUCGAGCACUGGGCCGAAACACACCCUGAUUGGGCCGCCGCCGAGAUCGCAGAAUCAAUCGGUCGAGAUUCAAGCAUCAUCCACACAUGGAGCUAUGCACAAUUGGAUCAAGAAGCUAACCGCGUAGCGACAUUCAUCGCAUCACAUGGAAUUCACGGCCGCAUGAUCGGUAUGUGUCUAGGACGCACACUGACAGCGUUUGCCGUCACAGUCGGAAUCUACAAGUCUGGAAACACGUAUCUACCAAUCGAUGAAUCGUUGCCGAUUGAGCGAAAAACACUCUUGUUGAAAGAUAGUAAUUCCGCUAUAUUCUUCUCCGAGGAAACCGUCGAUUUUGUCCCUGAAGGAUGUCUCCUCGUGAACGUUAAUCGCGAUCAAUACCAAUCCGACAGCGAUGUCGCUCUGAAAGUCAAAAAGAGCAAAGACGCAGUCGCUUAUCUUCUCUAUACUUCCGGCUCGACAGGUAACCCCAAGGGAGUCCUCAUCAGCUGCGGUAAUCUCACAUCUUUCUGCGAAGCCCAAUCUGAAUUCAUAUGCGAGUACGUCCCUGCGACUCGGGUACUCGGCGGCGUUGGGAGAUUCCUCGGACUAGCGAGCAGAGCCUUUGAUGUGCAUGUGGCUGAAAUGUUCCUCGCCUGGCGACACGGUCUCUCAUGCAUCACAGGGGUUAAAUCUAUGUUGCUGGAUGAUUUACCUAUGGCGUUACAAGAGUUAAAAAUUACACAUGCGGGCUUUGUGCCGUCGCUCUUGGAUCAGUGUGGUUUGAUACCGAGUGAUGUUCCUCUGUUGAGGUAUCUGGGUGUGGGUGGUGAGAAGAUUUCUCAACGAACACUUGAAACAUGGGGUGAUUCGGAGAGCGUUACGUUGAUCAAUGCGUAUGGUCCUACCGAAGCCACAAUUGGUUGUGCCUCGUCUCCAAUUGUGAAUUCAAAGGUCAAUAUGAGAAAUGUGGGUCAUCCUCUAGGAGACACUGUUGCCCAUGUACUCAUUCCUGGUGCUCUCACUUACGCCAAGCGAGGAGUAGAGGGUGAACUUUGUCUAACAGGAAGUCUUGUCGGUAUUGGUUAUCACAACCGUGAUACUGGCGCUUUUGUCGAGAAUUUCCACGGCGGCAAAAUGUAUCGUACAGGAGAUCUUGUCAGAUUAAUGCCCGACGAUACGAUUGAGAUUUUCGGCCGCUCAGAUGAUCAAACUAAGAUUCGUGGUCAGCGUCUUGAAUUGGGUGAGGUUUCCGAAGCAGUACGCGCGUUGCUACCAGCUGGAAGUAACGUAUCUUCUCUUAUUACGAAACAUCCAGAGCUUUCCAGAAUGCAAUUGAUUUCAUUCGUUGCGAGCAAUGCUAAGGCUGCGGGAAUUGAUGAGAAGGUUGAGAUAGAAAGACUUCCAGGAUACAUGGUUCCGGAUGUGGUUAUCCCAAUCAGCUUCUUGCCUCUUGCUCCCAUGUCUGGAAAGGCAGAUGUGAAGCAACUCAAAGCUCUCUUUGCUUCCAUACCGCUAAGUCACUUGUUAUCUGCUGAGAAAGGACAAUCGACUGGUAACAGAACUGUUACGGUACGCGAAUUGGACGAACAAGAACUUGCUGUGGUUGAGAUACUUAAAAGUUUGGUUCCAGCUACCUCUGCAGAACUCACUCCCUCGACCAACAUCUUCGAGGUUGGGGUCGAUAGUUUGGUAGCCAUCAGUCUUUCGACCCUGAUGAGAAAGGCUGGAUACACAUGUAGUGUUGCCGAUGUUCUUAGCAUCAGCACGGUGGAAGAAUUAGCAUUAUUACCACGUGCAGAUACUACACCCGAACAGGCCGCUAGAAACAGAGAAAAUGCUCUGAAGAAAAUUGCUCGUAUCGAAGCUGCCUUCCGGGAGAGUCCUUUAGGUAAAAAUUUCGGGAUGAACGUUGAAACCGUCCGACCUUGUUUACCCGUCCAAGAAGCUGUUGUAGCUCGAUCAUUGAACAAGGAAGCCGGUGCUCUAUAUGUUAAUCAUAUUACAUUUGAGUUAUCUUCCGUCAUCGAUAUUUCGAAACUCUCCCAGGCUUGGAAAGCCUCUGUACUCAAGAAUGAGUCCUUCGAUAUGCCAUGGGCAGAACACAUCUACUCUAAAUUCAGCAAACAUUGCACUCCGGACAAGAUGCAAGAAGCAAUUUCUCUAGAUAUCAUGCAAAAUAUCGAAAACACACCACCCAUUCGACUCAACAUCUUCACAGAAGGAAGUUCAAAAUCCAUCCUUUUGAUGUCCAUGCAUCACGCCCUCUACGAUGCCGAGUCCCUGGCAGUCCUGAUGCAAGAUAUUCUAAUGCGGUAUCAAGAUAUCCCAACCCCUGAGCGACCUUCUGCAGGCGCACUAGUGGAAUACGUCGCUUCGCAAGACGAGCUUGCCGCGAAGAAGUUCUGGGUCAAUAAAUUGGGAGAUUACAGCCCUCCACCCCUUCUCAAUGAAGCCAUUAACGAAGAAGAAAAAACCGAAGCUCAAGUAUCCACACGCAUUUUAAAGACCAAUUUGAGCGCCCUCGAAGCUUUUGCUUCCAAAUUGCACGUCACUCUUCCUUCAUUAACACAAGCUAUCUUUGGUCUUGCAAUGGCAAAAUUACUUUCGAUUGAUGAUUUCGUAUUUGGUCUUGUGCUUUCCGGACGUACAGUUCCUAUUCCCAAUAUCGAGAAACUUCUUGCUCCAACCAUUACGACUGUGCCACAACGAAUUGAUCUCCGCAAGAGCGACGCUACGAUUUUGGAUAUCUUGACCGCGCUCCAGAAAUCUUCAGGUCAAAUGCUGCAGUUUCAACAUAGCUCGCCGAGAUCUAUUCACAAAUGGGUGGAAGCCGAUCGUCCGCUCUUCAACUGUCUCUUUUCAUUCAUGAAAACAGGAGAAGAAGAAUCGGAGAAUGGAUUGUGGAAAUUACUCGAUAGUUACAUGCCUCCUGAUUAUCCCUUCGCGGUGGAAUUCGAAGCCAGACAUUCAUCAAAUGAUCUAGUGAUCCGCGCGGGAUACACUCCAGAGUUUGGCUCUGCGUCUAAAAUCGACAAUCUCCCCGAAAUGAUCGAGUUACUAAUCGAUACCAUCUCCAAAAAUGACAAUAUCUCCAUCAAAAGUCUCGGUAUCCAAUCCAAUCACAGCAUCUCAUCAUCCUCCGAAAUCCUCGAUGAUGGCGAAGAAUUACCCGAAGAGCAAACUAUCAAGACCGUCUUACCUUGGCCUCGGCGAUUUGCAUCCGAAGAUGUAUCUCGCACCAGCACGUUUUUCCGUCUCGGCAUCGACUCCGUCAUUGCUAUUCGUUUCGCCAAGGAACUCCGCAACAUCGGCCUCCCAGUUUCAUCUUCGGAUAUCGGGAGAUACCCCAGCAUUGCAGCUUUAGCGCGCGCUGUUUCGAGCAAGAGCAAAACCCAAUCGACUGCUGAACCUGCUGUGGCCAAAACGACAAAUUUGCUGGAUCAACAUAAAGCGAGUAUUUCUCUGUUGGCGGAAGAUGAUAAGAUUACUGAUAUCUAUCCUUCUACCCCUCUGCAAACCGGUAUCUUGACCCAAACUGUUGCCACGGGUGGAAAACUCUAUCUGCAUCAUCCUGCCGUCAAUCUCUCUCCAAAUAUCGAUAUCGCGCGUCUAAAGAAAGCAUGGACAUCGGUAAUCGAAGCGCAUGAUAUCCUGCGCACCACCUUCCACUAUUUCGAAGGAGCGACUCAUCCAUGGCUAGCCGCCGUGCACUCAAACCCCGCCAUUCAAUGGAUAGAAGAACAAGCAUCUGGAUGGAUCGACCAAAGCAUCGAAAAGAUCAUCGAAACAACCAGUUUCCCCACUCCCGAGUCUUUCUCGCAGACUCCUCUCAAAAUCACAAUUCUCCACUCGUCGUUUAUGAAAGUUCUCGUCGUGUCGAUUCAUCACAGUCUCUAUGAUGGGUUUUCCCUCCCUCUCAUUUUCGAUUCCUUGUCAUCAGCUUACUCGCAUGUAAUUUCGAAACCUGUAACUCCUUUCUCCGAAGCCGCAAAACUCAUCACAGAGCGUCAAGGUAAAAGCGUCGAGUUCUGGCUCCACAGAUUGGAUAAGUACCAGAGUAUCGCCCUCCCGUCUUCAACAGUUCCUGCAGAUACUACCUCCCUGGCGCAGACGACCAUCCAAAUGCCCGUUUUGGAAAUCCUUCGCCGCUGCCAAGAAAUGAAUAUCAAUCUGCAAUCCGCGGCUCUGCUCGCAUACGCCAAAACCCUCUUCUGUUUUGUCAAGCGUCGUGAUAUCGUAUUCGGACAUGUCGUUUCGGGUCGUUCAUUACCUCUUCCAGAGGUAGAACACAUCCUCGGUCCGCUCUUUAACACUGUUCCUUUCCGAGUUGUGCUGGAUAAUCCGGUACUGGGAAACCAGGAUUACGCGAGUCAGAUCCAAGAUGUGGUUAUUCAGGGACAGGAAAAUCAACAUGCUUCCUUGUCUACGAUCCAGAAGCUUUGGAGACGGAAAAAUAUUUUCACGGAUGCGCCGUUGUUGGAUGCGUUGUUUGUGUUCCAGAAAGUGGGAAAGACAGAUGGGCAGAAAGAAAAACUCUGGAGUGUGAUGGAUGGGGGCGAGAGUCGCGAUGCGACGGAGUAUGGGUUGAAUGUUGAGAUUGAACAAGGAGAGGAUGAGGUAAUUGUUAGUGCUGGAUCUCCUGCUGGACGCAUCAACACCGAAGAUCUGAACCUGAUUUGCAAAACUUUUGAUGAGGCUUUGAGAGAUAUUCUUGAGAAUCCUCAGAGAAGUGUUGUUGCUCAUCCGAAGCAGUUACAAGAUUUACCGCUUGAGAGUAUACCCCAGAGCAAGGUUGAAAAUGUGGAAGAUCAUCGUGAUGUGGCGGAUGCGCCGAUGCUGGAGGUUGUUCGUGCAGCUCUGGCGGAGGUGGCUAAUUUACCUACGGACUCCGUGACGCUGCAGACGAGUAUCUUUUCCUUGGGUGUCGAUUCCAUUGCUGCAAUCCGUGUCGCGUCUAUCUGUCGCAGACGCGAUGUAUCAAUCAGCGUUGCUGAUAUCCUCCAAGGAAAUUCUCUCGGUGGGAUCGUCCGGAUUCUCGUCGCAAAAUCAAUGAUCAAUACUCCACCGCAAGAUGCGACGACAGAGCUUCUAUCCCCUGAAGCCAAAGCAAGUACACUUUCGCUACUCAAAUACCCCAAAGAUACCGUGCAGGAAAUUUUACCGGCGAUGGCGGGGCAAGAAUACCAUUUGGCGAGUUGGCUUAAAAGCGGAAGAACUUUCUACGAACCCACUUGGGCGUUCCAGGCUCGCGAGAAGAUUGAUACAGUUCGUUUGAGAACUGUGUGGAGGGAUCUGCAAUUGCGACAUCCGAUUUUGAGAACGGUGUUUACUGCUCCCACACCCGAAUCUGCGUAUCAGAUUGUUCUGAAACCGGAGGUCAUCACCGAUGGAACUUUCACUGUUAUACCCGCUCAACCAACAGAUGAAGAUUUAAUCUCAGCUGUCCAACGUCAAGUCCACCACUGGGCUCAACGACCCUCUACACUUUUCACUCCCCCCAUCAGUCUCUGUUUUGUACUCUCUACACCCAACCCUCAUCCAUCUUACCCCCCACACCCGACUUCAUCUCCUACGUUAAAUACACGCAUUCCUCGCUCUCCUCCCCCUCCUCCCUCCUCGCACAAAAAUCCUACUGGAAAUCCUCACUCCGCUCCGCCCAACCCCACCGUCCUCACCCCAUCUACCGAGACAGAAAACAACAAAGAAACCCACCACCAAAACCAAGACCAAUCCCAAAACACAACCCAAACCUUCCUCCUCCUCCAAAACUCCAUCCCCCAUCUCCACGCCCUCCAAACUCUCGCGCGCACCCACAACACCAGCAUCAACACCAUCCUCAUGUUAGCAUUUGCACGCACCCUCUCCCACCUCACCCACACCACCCACCCCACCUUCGGCUUCUUCCAAGUCGGCCGCGCGAGUUCCUUCCACGGCGCAGAAACCGUGCUCGCGCCCACAGUCAAUCUCCUCCCCGUCUCGAUCCCCGUCUCCGGACGCGCGGAAACUGAUCUGCUGCUGGAAAUUCAAAGAGACAUGAGUCAGCGGGUAGCGUGGGAACAAAGUUCCCUGAGAGAUGUAGUGACUUGGGCGAUGGAGGAGUCGCAAGGACAACCACAGCCGUUGUUCAACGCAAGUCUUAAUUUGUUAUUCCAUGCCCCGGGCAGAAAUUCUCCUUCCCCUUCCCCUUCUUCUUCCACCCCAACAAACCAAGCCCCCGAGCUCCUCAUCCCCCUCCCCAUCGGGGUCCCCACCGAUUUCGCACCGAAGCGAAAAAUCAAAGGGGAGACUGCCGUGCAGCGAAUCGAAACGGGGUAUUUGGCGACGCGAAAUGUGUUUGUGGAUGUGGGCGAGGGCGAAAAUGAUUGUAUAGAUUUUGGGGUCAAAGCCGAUGCGGUUCUUAUGGAUGAAGCGGAGAUAGAAAGAUUUGUGGAGGGGAUAGCGAGUGAGGUGGAGGGGAUUAGGAAGGCUUUGGGGCGUGUGGAGGAAUGA